AUGAAGCAGCAACUUGCCCGCUUAUCGCAAUGCAAUAGAAAUCAUAUUUGGUUCAUAACUCACUCGUCAGAGGGCACUGAGUGCAGAGCUAGUAUAUCCAACAUUCCAACUGCCACUCACUGUUUACUCUUUCGGAAAUUUGCUCUGGUGUUCGUUGCUCCGGAGGUUCGUGAGCUUGCUAUAUUCUUGACGAAUUUUGAUGCCGAAAGACUUGGAAACCAUGCUGUCGACCACGUCGAGAAACUGAGUAACAUUCUGCUUCUACAAUGGCACCUCUUAUUGAAAGGAACUUAUGCCAUCCAAUCUAGGGCUUCCAUCAAAUCGUGCAGGCUGCAUGGAAGUCACAUUUACCUUUGCUGUGAACAUCAUGAACACAUACACUAUUUGAAGGUUCAUGUUUACGUAGCAGUGGUGUUGCUGUCCAAUGUGGCGUGUUGUUGCAGCCUAUGUUGGUGAAAGAUAUCUGCAUCAAGUUGCUGUUCCUUGUGCAUCUGAGGUGCUGGUUCUGUGCUACAGAAGUGACAUCCAAUAUUGUGUUUAAUUGCUAUUUGUGUCUUUGCAGUUUACCUUUAUAUAUUGAGAAGGAACAAAAAAAAAAGGAGUAAUACUGGGGGGUUUAUGUCAAACAAAUAAUAAACAUGUCCAGGAUGGGGGAAUGAGGAGGAAGCUGGGGUGGGGUAUUUGGUUAUGAUUUACUAAAAGAAGUUAGGUAUAUUUUUAAUGGAUAUGCAGUACUUGGUGAUAAAAUCUGUUGUUAACCUAUACCUUCCUGUCAACCUAUACCUUCCCCACUUCCACUAACACAUCCAUUCCUUAAACCCCAUAAGCACCAACAUCAAAUCCUACAUCCACUCACAUUCAUUCCUAAAACCCCACAAUCUCCAACAUCAAAUUCACACAAUUGUUAUAUAUCUAUAAUCAUUGAUAUUAAAAUAAAUAAAAUGUUUUUGUAUAAAAAUUGU